CAGUGGUGUCAAAGUUCACUAUAUAGAGAGCUCAGUGAGCUGAUCGGAGAGACACCACUCUGCCAGCCCUUUCCUACAAAUCGCAGUCACUUCCUACCCCCCCUCUUUAGCAUAUUUGAUCACUUUGAUUCCCGGCUCCUGCCUUUUAUUCCAAGGCUUAUUCUGCAUGAAGGAUGUCCAGCAGCCUGUGAACUGCUCCUCUUUUUUAUCACUAUCAUUAUUAUUAUUGUUGUUGUUUGCUGCUGGGGCUGGAGAGUGCUUCAUGCUCAGAGGAAGCAGGGAACUGAGCAAGCCCUGCUGGAGAGAGAGACUCCCUUACUGGCUGCCAGCGCUGGAGGAGAAGAAGAAGAAGAGCAGGUCUCCCCCCUGUAAUCCUUAACCCUUCGCCUGUUCUCCAUGGCUUUCCUGAAUGGCUGACUGUGAUCUUCCCAGGACCUGGCCCCCAGCACUCAGCCCGCACCUCAGCCACAGAGAGACCCCCCCAAGCCUGCUCCUGCACAAGACCCCUAAACACACUCUGCUACUCCUCUGACUGUUUGCUGCUUGUUCAUCGUUUCUUUUUCCUUUUUUUUUUUUUUUUCUGUGUGUUAUUCCCUGAGACCCCCCCUUUUUCAUAUAUUAAAGCUGCUUGACUGAUCCCACCAGCACUAUAAGAAGAAGAAGAGGGAGAAGCAGAGUGGAAACGGUCUCCCAUUAGAUAUGGCAAUGGUAGUGGGUGCGUGGCGAGACCCUCAGGACGAUGUGCCAGGAACUCAACCUUCACAGCCACCCCCAGUGCAAGGACCAACAGGGGCCCCGCACACCCCGCAGACCCCGGGGCAAGGAGUGCCCUCUUCUACCCCUGCCCAGUCCAACCCGUCCAGCCAGUCCAGCCAGAGCCAAGGGGACAAGCAGCAACAGCAGCAGCACAUUGAGUGCGUGGUGUGUGGGGACAAGUCCAGCGGCAAGCACUAUGGCCAGUUCACCUGCGAGGGCUGCAAGAGCUUCUUCAAGAGGAGUGUAAGGAGAAACCUGAGUUACACUUGUCGUGCCAACAGGAACUGCCCCAUAGACCAGCACCACCGCAAUCAGUGCCAGUACUGUCGCCUCAAAAAAUGCCUCAAAGUUGGCAUGAGACGGGAAGUUUCUUCUCUAUUUACUGCAGCCGUACAGAGGGGCAGAAUGCCACCCACACAGCCUACUCAUGGCCAGUUCGCCUUGACAAAUGGGGACCCUCUCAACUGCCAUUCCUACCUAUCCGGAUAUAUAUCCCUUCUGCUGAGGGCAGAGCCCUACCCGACCUCUAGAUUUGGUAGCCAAUGCAUGCAACCCAACAACAUUAUGGGCAUCGAGAACAUUUGUGAACUGGCAGCCAGGAUGCUCUUCAGUGCUGUGGAGUGGGCACGGAAUAUCCCCUUCUUCCCAGACCUGCAGAUCACAGACCAGGUGGCACUGCUCAGGCUAACCUGGAGUGAGUUGUUUGUGCUUAAUGCUGCCCAGUGCUCAAUGCCCCUCCAUGUCGCCCCUCUCCUGGCCGCUGCUGGGCUCCACGCUUCCCCCAUGUCCGCGGACAGAGUGGUGGCCUUUAUGGACCACAUAAGAAUCUUCCAAGAGCAAGUAGAGAAACUAAAGGCAUUACACGUGGACUCAGCAGAAUAUAGUUGUUUAAAAGCUAUAGUGCUCUUCACUUCAGAUGCCUGUGGUCUGUCUGAUGUGGCUCAUGUGGAAAGUUUGCAGGAGAAGUCACAAUGUGCAUUGGAAGAAUAUGUUAGAAGCCAGUACCCCAACCAGCCGACAAGAUUUGGCAAACUUUUACUCCGUCUACCAUCCCUCCGCACUGUGUCCUCUUCUGUCAUAGAGCAAUUGUUUUUCGUCCGUUUGGUAGGUAAAACCCCUAUAGAAACGCUCAUUAGAGAUAUGUUACUCUCUGGAAGCAGUUUCAAUUGGCCCUAUAUGUCCAUACAAUAAAAAAAAAAAAACAACAACAACAACACAGUAUUGAAGGGGAAAAUGGAGGGCAAAACAAAAGACUCUGGGGUAUGUUUGCUUAAAACUCCUUCUGUUAAGGCUGUUACAAGUUUACUUAAAGAAGUGGGAAGAAUUUAUUGGACUGUGAAUUAAAAAAAAAAAAAGACUUAUCUAUGAACACUCUUACAGAAUGCAUUUAAACCUGUCUCGUUCAGAACAACUUGCUACGUAUCACUUUUUUUUAAAGAAAGUAAAAAACAAACAAACAAAAAAACAGGAAAUUUUUGUCUUUUUUUGUAACCUUUUAAAAUAUCGCUUAAAAAAAAGUGCAUUUAUGGAGAUGAGGAGAAAAUUAGCAAAGAGAGAGAGAGAGAGAGAGAGAGAGAGAGAGAGAGAGAAAGUAAGUUCUUUUUUUUUUCCAAAUUAUAAAUUGUCCUGUGUCUAUGUAUCUAUUAGCUGUUUCUUUUCCUUUUUGUAUUUUCCUGGUUCCAAACCAGUUUAUUCUGUGGUUCUAUAAUAUUUUUUUUUUAAUAAAUAUAUAUAUAUAUAUUCUUGACUUAAGAAAAAAAAUGUAUCCUUAAAAUUUAUAUGUUCUGUAAGAAUUAAAACAGAUUCCACAAGAAUGUCAUAGGAAAAAAUGGAACUUAAAAAUUAAUAAAUGGAGUUGAGUUGGAAGGGCACUUAUAAGUGAUGAGCCUAAAUUAAUUAUUGAACUCGAGACCUGUAAUUAUUUACCCAUUUGAACCACAUAUGUUUCUUCACUAAACAAGACAGAUUUUUUUUAUAUUAUUAUUAUUAUAAUAAUUAUUAUUAUAAUUAUUUUAUUUUUCACAAAUUAGGCAAGCUGUGGGGAUGAAGCGGAGGGAACGCUGUGUCUAAGAUACAGCAGUUUAGUUAAGUACAUUUUUAGGGCAAAUGUGUUCCAUGCAGUAUUCUCAAACUGUUCUGAAGCUCCUAUUACUGUUUGUAUAUUUGCAAUUCCCUUUGUAUUAUAAUUGUUGAUAUUUCCAUUUUUUUUUUUUAAAGAAAAAAGACAAAAUACAAUUCAAAUCAGCAUGACAAAUAACACUGUUGGCACUUAUACAUAAUGUGAUUGAUUCGGUAACUAGAUCUUACAGUUUGUGUUAAAACUGAAGGGUUUUUUAUUUUGUUUGCUUUUUUAAGUGCAACUUUUUUCUGUAUACUGUAAAAGUUAUAAUAACUGAACUGUUUGGUCAAGUCUAUUGUGUGUUAUAUUUCAAGAAAAUUGGAAGUACUCAGAAAUUAAAAUAUUAUUUGAUAUCUGAAAAAAAAAAUUUUUUGGCUGUGACAAGUGUCUUUCCAAACAAGAACUAUCCACAUCACAUGUUUCUAAUAGAGACCAUAACUUAUUGAGCCCCAGACCUUUGAAGACGAUGUUGCGGGACUGCGGGUCUGCAGAAGGGGUUAAUUUGCCUUUCCUGUCUACUUGCCCCCGUUAUGUUUGUCCAAACGUGUAACAGUGUAUUUGCAUGUCUAAUUCGGCAGGAAACGCUUAAACCAGUGGUUUAUCUAUGGUUUAAGGGGAACUGUACAUUAUUGCAACCCAUUCUUAGUAACCUAAUCCCCUAUUUAAUUAAAAAUGGAUUUCCAAGAAAAGGCCCGUACUUUUAAGUGCCUACAGAGCUAUUUUAGCGAAGUAUAUUGUUAAACUUAUCCAAACAAAAAAAAAAAUCUACAUCUAUUUUAUGAACAUAAAAAAGUACUAUUUUGUAAAUAUCUGGUAUACACGCACAUGAUAUCUGAGGCAAACCAGUGACAGAUUUGUAUAUACAGGUCAGUUGCUUUUCAUUGAAUUUUCUGGUUUAUUUUUUUUAUUUUUAUUUUUUAUUUUUUUUGUGGUUUGAUAAGCUAUUGUGAUGGCCAUUCUCUAUUGUUGUUGAGAGGUUCAUAAUUUGGGUGACUUAGUUAAGAGGACUCAAGGUCUGUUAUUACGUUCAGACUAAAUUACAUUUUCAAAUUGAUUAUUAAAAUAAAACCUUUUCUGGUCUGCUAGUAUGUAGUAAAGACAUGGAGCCUUUUUCUACUGAGGGGACCUUAUAAAAUACAAACUAACAGCAGCUGUUGGAAUGGGCUACAUAGAAAUGUAGGCGUCUCUGUAAGCAAAAAUAAGAUGCCUACUGUACGAGAGCUUAAAUUAGAGUGUAAUUAAUUCUUCUCAGUCACAGAUUUCUGUGGGGUAAGAUUUUGUACCAAAACUUGCCAUGUUUUAAUCAUUCAUAUUCAAUGGUAAACUUAAUUUAUUGUAAAUGUACUUCUGGACCAUGAUAUGCAGUUUGACUGGGAAUUACUAUAACAUGUAAUAUGCAGACACACACACACACACACACACACACACACACACACACACACACACUAUACAGGAUAUAUGUAUACAUUAUACACGUAAUACGGAGACGGCUCUGAGCACUGGUACAUUUGCAGAGUAUUGCUGACCUCUACGUUUAGGUUUCUCUAUUGCAAGUCAUUUGUGAGUGUAUGAAGUUUUUGUAUUAAAAGAUAAAAAAAAAACAAUUCA